GUCGUGUUUGCGCGUGCGCGUCUUUGUGUUUAACAAUCUCAUCGAAUCAAUCUACAACAAGAUGACCGGUCGCGGUAAAGGAGGCAAAGGUCUUGGAAAGGGAGGAGCUAAACGCCACAGGAAGGUGCUCCGUGAUAACAUCCAGGGUAUCACCAAACCGGCCAUCCGUCGUUUGGCUCGCAGAGGCGGCGUCAAGCGUAUCUCCGGUCUGAUAUACGAAGAGACCCGCGGUGUUCUCAAGGUGUUCCUCGAGAACGUCAUCCGCGACGCUGUCACUUACACCGAGCACGCCAAGAGGAAGACCGUCACCGCCAUGGACGUGGUCUACGCUCUGAAGCGCCAGGGACGUACGUUGUACGGUUUCGGCGGUUAAGGUGUGCCGUGUGCGUGUCUCGUGUUUCUCGCUCGCUCGAUCUCUGCAAGCGAGUAAACAAACGAAACAAACAAUUAAACAAAAAGGCCCUUUUCAGGGCCGCAAAAGUAUCGUUGAAUUUGUUGUUGUUAAAACCGUUUCU